CAUCGGCCAUCUUUACUCCGGGCGGAGAGGGAGCUCCGCGGUCGCAGCGGUCCGUGCUGUGGCGGCCAUGUUAACUUCGAGCAAAGGCUUCGCUUCCGUGGUGUGUUACCACAGCUCGUUUCCUGCUGAGGGCAGUCGGCUGAGUGCCGAGGGGUGAUGCUGAGAUCUGGAGAGGUAGCAGUGUGGACUCUGGGUGCUGCUCGUCUUUGAUUCUGUGACAGUACCUGAAGUUUAAGGCCCCACAUGGCUGCCAAGAGGUCAUCAGGUAGGCGGCCACUGCUGCUUUUAGGGCUGCUGGUCACUGUGGCUGCCAUCCACCUGGUCACCUGUCCCUACACCAAGGUGGAGGAGAGCUUCAACCUGCAGGCCACGCAUGACCUGUUGUAUCACCGGCUGGACAUAGACAGGUAUGACCACCAUGAGUUCCCUGGAGUUGUCCCUAGAACAUUCCUUGGGCCACUGUUGAUGGCAGUGUUCUCCAGCCCUGCUGUUUAUGUGCUGUCACUGUUGGAAGUGUCCAAGUUUUAUUCUCAGCUGAUAGUCAGAGGAGUCCUGGGGCUUGGUGUGAUUUUUGGACUCUGGACAUUACAAAAAGAAGUGAGACGACAGUUUGGAGCCACUGUGGCUGCCAUGUUCUGCUGGAUAACAGCCACGCAAUUCCACCUUAUGUUCUACUGUUCACGGACGCUCCCUAACGUGCUGGCCCUGGCAGUGGUCCUCCCAGCCGUCACAGCCUGGUUGAAGCACAGGUGGGCCCUCUUCGUCUGGCUCUCAGCCUUCGCCAUCAUCGUCUUCAGGGCAGAGCUGUGCCUGCUACUGGGCCUUAUGUUGCUGCUGACCCUGUACAGAAGAAGGAUGUCUAUAUCCAGACUGUUCUGGCAUGCCAUCCCAGCAGGCGUUCUCUGUCUAGGACUGACAGUUGCUGUGGACUCCUAUUUCUGGCAAUACCUUGUAUGGCCAGAGGGAGAGGUGCUGUGGUAUAACACUGUCUUGAACAAAAGUUCCAACUGGGGUACCUCCCCAUUCCUAUGGUAUUUCUACUCGGCUUUGCCCCGAGGCCUGGGCUGCAGUCUUUUCUUCAUACCCCUGGGCGCUGUGGACAGGAGGGUCUGUGCCCUGGCCUUGCCCAGCCUGGGCUUUGUGGCUCUCUACUCGCUUCUGCCACACAAGGAGCUGCGCUUCAUCAUCUACACCUUCCCAGUACUCAACAUCGUCGCCGCCAGGGGCUGUGCCUAUGUGCUGAAUAACUAUAAGAAGUCAUGGCUAUACAAGGUGGGGACUCUGCUCGUGAUAGGACAUCUCGUCAUAAAUGCAGCAUACACAGCCACAUCCCUCUGUGUGUCACAUUUCAACUAUCCUGGUGGUGUCGCAAUGCAGCAGCUACAUGACCUGGUGCCACCCCAGACAGAUGUCCUCCUGCACAUUGAUGUGGCUGCUGCUCAGACAGGCGUGUCAAGGUUUCUACAGGUCAACAGCGACUGGAGGUAUGACAAGAGGGAAGAUGUGCAGCCAGGGACAGCAGGCAUGCUGGACUAUACACACAUCCUCAUGGAGGCAUCACCUAGGCACCUGGCCCUCUACAGGGAUACACACCGGGUCCUGGCCAGCAUCUCGGGUACUACAGAUGGUUUCUCACUGGCCUGGAACUAAUCAUGGAGGCUGGCUCAGUAACGAACCCCAGGGAUCUGCCUGUCUCUGCCUCCCCAGGUGCGGAAUUAGAAGCAUGCCCCACAUGCCUGGCCUCUUUCUUACGGAGGUUCUAGGGGUUGGAGUCAGGUCCUCAUGUUUGCAAGGCAAGUACUUUUCUAACUGAGCUAUCCAGCAUUUUCUAAGCUUUUGAGAACAGGUUGUUUGGAGCAUGGCCUUUGGUCUUUCCCAGACUCUGUCCGUAACAAACCUGAUCCCUUCUGCAGGGGUCUCCAUGGCAGGUGGAGGGCAGGCCUCAGACUCCAGUUCUUCCUAGUCCCCAGCCAGCAUUCGGCAUCCCACAACAGCACGCCCUCUCCUCCCCCAUUUAUUUCCCUGUUUGUUAUCAGUACUUGCUCACAUUCCUUGCACGCAUGGAUUAUUAUGGAUUACUACACGACUUUGAUGGUCUGUGAGUCAUUCCUAAUUCUGAUGUUCACAUGGUAUGAGACGUGCUCAGUGGGAGCCCUGUCACACUGCUCUGACUUUGGGACAUGCCCCUUUCUUUGAGCACUUCCCGAUUUACUACACACCCAGGUGUCCUUCUGGGCCUCUGGGAUCAGCAGUGUCUCAAGGGGCCUGGGCCCUUUUGUGUGAGGAAUUGUUUUAGGGCAAGAUCUGGGGCUGAGUGUUCUUGUUACUCUUGGGAUGUCUGCUCUUAGGCCCUUCUGUAAACAAGUACAAGCAUGACUACAUGCAUACAUGUGCAUACACACACCUACACAUAAACGUGUGAGCAGUCAUAGGCCAUGUCUAUAGCACUGUUUCAUGGCACUGGGGAUUAAAUUCAGGACCUCAUGCAUGCCAGGCUAGCAUUGUACCACUGAGCUUUGUUCUCAGUCCCAGUGCCUGUGCAGUUAAUCCCAUUAGUUACUUUUCUGUUGCUGUGUUAAAAUGCCAUGACCAGUGUCCUAGU